AUGGCGGAACCCUUGCUCCCCCAGGCGGUAUUCCGGUGCGGAACUGCCUCUAAUGCCGACAGCGAUGCAUCGCAAGGCGGCUCUAGCAGCGCAACGACUCAGGUGGCUCCUGCGGAGAGCACCGCUCAGGGCGAAAUUGAUCCGGACACGAUCGAUGCGUCCGAGGGUGGCGUUACCGGGGGCGAUCCGGUCUCUCGGCUGAAGGAACAGUUCCCUGGGUACCCGGUCUUGGUGGACCUGACCUCGAUCGACACCCGGGUGGCCGGCUCCCUGGAGGGCAACACCUACAACAACAAGGUCGUCGCCCUGGCCCCGGGCCUUUAUGCCCCAUACAACGCCAACUUCACCGACCUGGACGAGUACUACGACACCGGCAUCGUCUACGGCGAUUCCAUGAUGCGCGACGAGUACCUGCCCGAUACCGGAGGCUCCACCUGGGGAGGCGUGCAACCAGGCACCCAGGAACCGCUGCAGUAG